AUGCAUCAGGCAGAGGAUGUGAAGACUCUUUUUGAUACCGCGAUGCACAAGCACGAACUAGAGCUAUUCGAGCAGGUCAGGACCAACGCCCAAGGCAAUGCGAAGGGACGCGACGAUGAACGAGCCGUAGGCAUUGCCAUAAAGAAGAACUCGAUACCAGCUCUUCACUAUCUGAUCAAACACGGCGUUAGCAUUAAGCACAUCGACGUUUCUGGCAAAGAGGUUGAAAUUUCCACUCUCAAGUUCCUGCUCGCUCAUGGCUGGGACAUAAACUGGGCAGGAGAACCUCGAUCUUGGCAGAGCCCCUUUAUGUGGUCUUGUAUCCAUGACCGCGAGAAGCUUGCAUGGUGCCUAAAGCAUGGCGCAAAACUUGCCACGCCUGGGGAACCACCAUACAAGAGGCCCAUACUGCAGAAGGUUGCGGAGACGGGUGACAUCGCAAUGUUUGAGUUCUUGCGAUCCAAAAGGGCUCCCUUGGGACCCUGUACACUGCAUAGGGCGGUGCUCAUGGCGGCGUUGGGUCACGAGGGGACGGACGACCCCGAGAAAGACGAGGAAUGGCAACGGCGGAGCAGGGCGCGUUACUUCCAACGUAUGGCGAUGGUGCGCCAUCUGGUUGAUACCGUGGGCUUGGAUGUGAACAAGCUGGACUUUCCGCGCGACACGAAAUGGUUGCAAGGAGAAAUGGGGACACCACUAGAAUACAUCGUUGGCGUCGGCAGACCAGACACAGAUGCACGCGAACUGACAUGGUUUCUACUCGACCGAGGCGCGGAUCCGGAUGCUGCACUCGCUGAGGCGAGAAAAUUUGACCACCCAACCUUUGUAGAGUGGGUGGAGGGUUGGGAAGCACAACGAGGUCGUGAGGAGUUGGAGCAACACAAGAAAAAAAAUAGAGACGAGCGCCUGUGCUGUGUCCAAUAA